CGCACUUUCUCUCUCUUACCUUUCUCCAUCCUCCUCUCCCAUUCUUUUUGGUCAACACCAACAUCACUUCCAAUUCCGAUCCAAGUCCCAAUUCUCCCAGAUCAUGACCAAGGAGGCCACACCACCACCCCGAGAAACAACCACCACAUCAACGACCCACGAACCACCCUCCCUCCCUGCCUCCCCUCUAGCUAAACGCCCAAAACCCUCAGACACAACCGGUACAUCAGCGUCCGCAAUCAAGAUGGUCUCUACAGACAGCACUGCUCCCGUUGCCACAGCCCCCACAGCAUCAACACCCACCCCCGCCCUUCUCGUGAAAAAGCUCACAGACACUGCCCGCGCCCCAACCCGCGGCUCUGCAUUCGCGGCUGGCUACGAUCUCUAUGCUGCAAAGGAGACCAUCAUCCCAGCGAAGGGGAAGGGCCUAGUUGAUACGGGGUUGGCAGUCGCUGUUCCCGAGGGGACUUAUGGCCGUGUUGCUCCCCGAAGUGGUCUCGCCUCCAAGCACUUUAUCGAUGUUGGUGCGGGGGUUAUCGAUGCGGAUUACAGGGGUGAAGUGAAGGUGUUGUUGUUCAACUUUUCCGAUGUGGACUUUACGAUUAAGGAGGGCGACCGCGUUGCGCAGCUUGUUUUGGAGAGGAUUUAUACCCCCGAGGUUGCGGUUGUUGAGGAGUUGGCGGAAAGUGUGAGAGGAGCUGGUGGUUUUGGAAGUACCGGCACUAACUAAUUGUGAAUAUGGUUGGGUUUUACGAACGAACGACGCUCUAGAUGGAUACGAUCGCAUUGUCUAGACCGAGAUAGAAUCA